AUAAAGCCGGCAUGCGGCGCAGCCAUCUUGAGGUUCCUGUCGUAAUGGCCGGCGGCCGCCAUGUUAUGAAAUCACAUGUCAGGAUUAUACUCCCUUGCUCUCGGAUUUAAUUUAUUUCAUUUUAAUGUUAUCCUCAAAAACAUAUUAUCUGUCAUAAAUAACAGUUAAUAGAGUAACGAAGUCGACAUGUAUAUGGAUGGUAGUGUAGUCCACCCACACCCUGGACAGGUCCUGGGUGGGGUUCCUGGGGUUGUUCAUGGCAUGCCAGUCCAUGGUGCGGGGCCAGAUGGGGAGCAUCCUCCGCAUGGCCCCCGCCGUCGUUAUCAAAACAGACCGAAGCCAUCAAAUAACCUAGAGCGACUGCCUUUGGAUGAAGCUGCUAAAAGGGAAAUGGAAUCUCUGCCUAUGAAGACUCCUGUAUCAGUGCUCCAAGAGCUAUUGGCACGACGUGGUACUGUACCGAAAUAUGAACUGGUUCAAAUUGAAGGCAUGAUUCAUGAACCAACAUUCCGCUAUCGUGUGACUGUGGCUGACUUAGUUGCUAUGGGUACUGGGCGCUCAAAGAAGGAGGCCAAACAUUCUGCAGCCAAAGCUCUGCUAGAUAAGCUGACUGGUGCAGCCCCUGCUGAUCAAUCCACCAAUGGCAAUGUCCCUGAAACUGGUGCUGUGGUACCAUCUUUUGAAGAUAAACUUAUGGGUAACCCUGUCGGCUGGCUUCAAGAACUUUGCAUGUCGCGCUUUUGGCCGCCACCCUCCUACCACGCAGAAAAUGAUGAUAAUGUCAACAGGCGUCUGCCUCACGAGCGCCAAUUUACUAUUGUAUGCACACUCCUGAAACGCCGAGAAGUUGGCACAGGUAAAUCCAAGAAGCUCGCUAAACGUCAAGCUGCAUACAAGAUGUGGCAGGCUCUUCAAGACAACCCACCAGAAGUUUUUCAGCCAGAUGAAGAGGGCGGAGUCGCGGCCCGAUAUGCCGACUUGAAAGAUAGUAAAAUCUCCACUCUGACUACCAGUCACAGCCACAAGGUCUCGCAGUUUCAUAAACACCUCAAACAAUCUAUCGGCCCCAACCUGGCCAAGUUGCAGGUUACGCCCCUGAACAACAAGGACUUCAACUUUGUUCAGUUCUUACAAGAGAUCGCAUCUGAGCAAUCAUUUGAAGUCACUUAUGUGGACAUUGAAGAGAAAUCGAUGAGUGGCCGCAACCAGUGCCUGGUACAGCUGUCGACGUUGCCGGUGGCUGUUUGUUAUGGAUCGGGCCUGACAAGCAAAGAUGCCCAAUCUUCAGCUGCUCAAAAUGCCCUUGAGUAUCUUAAAAUCAUGACCAAAAAGUGAAUGUGUCAUUAUCUCGCGACAUCAAAACAACACAUCUAGUGCUCACUAUGCAUCAAAUAUUAUUGAAGUAUAAUAAAUAACAAUGCAAUCGGUUUAUGAAUUAUAUUAAUAAAGAUUAAAUUCUAGAUGCGCAAAUAGCAUAGAACGACACUCGAGAGCUUGUAUGGUUGAUGUCGCUAGGUUUUGAGCCUAAAUUUAUCUUUAAAACCACUUCCCAUUUGAAUAUGGCAUUUCGCCUGUGUGCCAGCAGCACUUCGGGCUAUGCUUUAUAACUGGCAUAUUUGCAGUAUCUUACUUGUGAUUCUUUUUUUCUCUUAUCAUAAUUUUUACAACUUACAUUUUUAUAUAUGAUUAACCGGUAACGAAUAUUUAGCUUAAUUAUGAAGAAGGGUGGUAAUAAAAAAGAAGUCCCAAAGUUCGAAACUUAAGAGAUGUGGAUUUAAAACAGUGCCUGUAUUUAUUAGAUACUGUUUUUGAAACUUCAGGUAAAACUGGUACAUUAAUCAAAAUGAAGCAAAACCUUAAUUUGAAAUUACUUAGGUCGUAAAUGCGCAUUUGUGUGCGUAUGUGGUGUAGCAAAGCAUUUAAGGAUUGUGUGACUGCUUACCAUCAGGUGAACCAAAAUUAUUCUCAAUUGCCACCUUCCCUCAAUUUGAAUAACUAGAAAUAUCACUAAAGAUUAUUUAAUUUAUUUAUACUUUAUUGUACACAAAAAAUUAUAAACAAAUAUAUUAAAAAAAGAUGUACAACAGGCGAGCUUAUCUCUGUAAGAGUUAUCUUACAAUAGAUUACAUUAAUAGAAAGUAAUUUGAAACAUUUAUAAUCGGGUACUUGGAACUAAUUAUAUUGGUGUCAGCUUGUUCCCCACUUUACAAAGUGUCUACCUAUUAUUUUUUCCUUGUCUUAUUAUUAUGCUUCAUUACAAUAUAUUUCUUACAAUAAUUCUGCAAACAAGUGAUUUCUCACUUGUACUAUUACUGCCAAUGUGCGAGGAUAAAUUGCAUAGCCCGUAAAUUUAACGAAACAAAGUAUGGAGUGGUCAUAUAACAAAUACAAGCUAUACUUUGCAUAGAAUUAGUGUAAUUUUCCCAGCGUGGAAAUUACUUAAAAAUAUAAAAAAAAAAAUAAAAAAAAUAAUAAAAAUAUAAAAAAUAAAAAAAAAAUGUGGACUAUAUUUCCAGUUUAAUAUUCAGCAUAAUUUAGGCAUGUUUUGCAUUUGUAUUAAAUUAAAUUAUUAUAUACUUACCCAAGAAUCGGUCUUAGCUUUUAAUGUAUAUUGUAAUCAUGGCAUAGCCAAUCAUAUUUUUUUCUUUUAAUUAAAACAGGCAUCUUGUUUUUAUAUAAUUUAGUUAAGUAUGGUGUGUUAUGGACUUUUCUUAAAUGCUGAGCAUUAAACGGAAAAAGUAUUCUCAGCUAGUUUAUUGUCUUGUUGACGAACUGUCCAACCUUUGCUUUGUAACAAGCUCCGAGAAUGUGGUCAACUUACUUGAACUUGGAAAUAACUUCUUACAAAGUGCAAGGGUUGGUAAUUGCGAAUAGCAUGUGUCACGAUUGUGUGGUGAGGCAGGAUAACAAGUUUUAUUUUAUUUUAAAUUUAUCAGUAACUGUCUUGGUUUUCUUUUGUAUACAAGAUGGAAAACUUUGCAGGGAAGCUGAGAACUAUGUGUUAGAGUGAAUAUAUCACUGGAAUUAGCGGUUGCGAAGUUAGGAUCCCUUGCCUGUGAAAAUGGGCAUUAUUUUAAUGCAAAGUAUAGAGGUUGUAACAAUUUCUACUAGUACAGUGUCGUCGUCGGUGCUUGCCGUUAAUUGCUAAGCAAUGACGAGGAUCCUGCACGCACCAAGUUUCUUUUAAAUUGAAUGGUGUGAGUUAACCUGCCCUUGUAAAACAUCGCACUGUUCAAGUUAGAAAAGACUAACUGGAGUAAAGGAUUGGAGUUCUGUUCAACCAAGACCAACUAAAUAAAUUGUAAUGCCCUGUCAAUGGGCCAUGAGUUCACAUGUUAUUUUAUGUUUAGUGAGUCUUGGUUCUACUUGUUCUUGUGAAUAAUCUCAAGGAUAAUAUAAUAAGUAAUUGUAGAGUUAACAUUAUUACAGACACUUCCUAUAUAUGUGUAUGAUGUAAUUGUGAAAAUGUAAGAAAUUAUAAAUUUUUGCUAUGCAUUCUUUCUGCUCUAACUUGAAUAAAUAUUUCGUGUUGCUUAUAAAA